CCUCACUUUAACUGCAAGCGUCGAUCACGAUGGGACAAGAUAAAUCCCAGAAUGAGGACAUGCUUCCGGCCCAGGGCAAUAAACCAUUGUCCAGUCCGGCUCAUGCUCUCACAUUCGAUGCUGUAAUCGAGGAGCUCGGCGCACACCAAGACACAGGACUUUCAGCUUCGGAAGCGAAGCAACGACAAGAAACCUAUGGCAACAAUGAUCUCGGCGAUGGGCCUGGCGUCCAGCCAGGCAAGAUUCUUAUUCGGCAGGUCGCGAAUGCGAUGACUCUAGUGCUCAUCCUGGCAAUGGCUGUCAGUUUCGGUAUUGGCAGCUACAUCGAAGGUGGUGUCGUUGCAGCAGUGAUCAUCCUGAACAUUGUCGUUGGGUUCUGGCAGGAGUUCAACGCGGAGAAGACGAUGGCUUCUUUGAAGAGCUUGAGCUCCCCAACAGCCAGUGCUAUUCGCGAUAGUGACAAUAUCACGGUUCCCACUAUCGAGAUUGUACCAGGAGACAUGGUCGAGUUGAAGACUGGAGACACGGUUCCCGCAGAUAUCAGACUCAUUGAAGCCGUCAACUUCGAGACCGACGAGGCCCUGCUCACCGGAGAAUCGCUUCCUGUUCAUAAAGAGCCUUCUCAGGUCUUCGACGAUGAGACUGGCCCUGGUGACAGACUCAACAUCGCUUACAGUUCAUCGACCGUCACUAAAGGUCGCGCCCGCGGCGUUGUUUUCGCUACUGGAUUGCACACUGAGAUUGGCUCCAUCGCUGCUGCUCUCCGAGCAACGAACAGCAAGGUUCGACCCGUCAAGCGAAAUGAUAAAGGAAAAGCUGGACCGCAUAGAUAUGCGCAAGCUUGGAGUCUGACUACGACCGACGCCAUUGGCCGCUUCCUCGGCGUCAAUGUAGGAACUCCUCUCCAGAAGAAGUUGUCGCGUCUCGCGGUGCUCCUCUUCUGGAUUGCUGUUGUAUGUGCGAUCAUUGUCCUUGCAGCCAACGACUUCUCUAGCGAGCAAGAGGUCAUCAUCUACGCUGUCGCCACUGGUUUGAGUAUGAUUCCAGCCUCACUUGUCGUGGUCUUGACGAUUACAAUGGCUGCCGGAACCAAGCGAAUGGUCGAGAGGCACGUCAUUGUUCGCAAUCUCAAGUCUCUGGAGGCACUUGGUGCGGUCACUGAUAUUUGCUCUGACAAGACUGGAACUCUGACCCAAGGCAAAAUGAUCACCAAGAAAGUCUACAUUCCCGCAUCUGGUGUCUACUCUGUCGAAGAAUCCGGCGAACCAUUCAAUCCCGAAGUCGGCAAAGUAACUCUCGCGGAUUCCAGCGACGGCUCCGACCCGGAAAAGAGUACUUCAGAACCCUCUGAACUGGUCGGAAAAUCCCCUCAUCUCGAAAAAUUCCUCGAUGUCGCUGCAUUGGCGAACUUGUCCCACGUCACCAAAAGCAAAGAUGACGAUAAGUGGCAUGCGAGAGGAGACCCUACAGAAAUCGCCAUCAACGUAUUCGCUUCGCGUUUCGGCUGGAAUAGGACGAAGAUGACCACGGGUGAUUCUGCUCAAUGGAAGUCUUUGCUAGAAUUCCCUUUCGACUCUGAUGUCAAGAAAAUGUCUGUCAUCCUCGCGGAUAACAAGACACAGAAGAAGCACGUCUUCACCAAAGGUGCAGUGGAAAGGAUCUUGCAGCACUGUUCGCACUUCCAUCAGACUAAUGAAGGCGACGCUACUGAAAUGACUGAUGAACAUCGUCAAGGUGUUCUGGACAAGAUGGAGGAGUUCGCUACGUAUGGUUUGCGAGUCCUGGCUUUGGCCAGUCGAGCUGCUCCCGAGGAUCUGGAUUACGACCAGGAAAUCGAUCGGAACAAAAUCGAAAUUGGACUUACUUUCCGUGGUCUUGUAGGUAUUUACGACCCUCCUCGAGCGGAAUCCGCUGGUGCUGUGAGAGAGUGUCGGGGAGCUGGUAUUGAGGUGCACAUGUUGACUGGAGACCAUCCUGAGACGGCGAGAGCUAUUGCCAUUGAAGUCGGGAUUUUGCCAUCGAAGAAGCGUAUGGAUAACCUACCGAAGGAUGUGGCUCAGUCUCUUGUCAUGACUGCAAGCGCGUUUGAUAAAUUGUCCGAGGAAGAGAUUGAUGCAUUGCCGCAGCUGCCUCUGGUUGUGGCGAGAUGCGCGCCGAGCACGAAGGUCCGCAUGAUUGAAGCUCUACACAGACGGAAGAAGUUUGCUGCUAUGACCGGUGACGGCGUCAACGACUCCCCCUCCCUCAAACGCGCAGACGUCGGAAUCGCCAUGGGCCAAGCAGGUUCCGACGUGGCCAAAGACGCAUCCGACAUCGUUCUCACCGACGACAACUUCGCCUCCAUCGUCAACGCCGUCGAAGAAGGCCGAAGAAUGUUCGAUAAUAUCCAAAAGUUCAUCCUCCAUCUUUUAGCUGAGAACAUCGCUCAAGCUUGCACUCUCCUCAUCGGUCUGGCUUUCAAGGACUCCCGUGGACUAUCCGUCUUCCCAUUGGCACCAGUCGAAAUCAUCUGGGUCAUCAUGAUCACUUCCGGUAUGCCGGACAUGGGUCUGGGAUUCGAGCGCGCUGUCCCUGGAAUUAUGAGACGUCCGCCACAGUCGCUGAAGCGUGGAGUUUUCACGCUUGAGAUUAUGGUCGAUAUGCUGGUUUACGGGCUCUGGGUCGCUACUCUGUGUCUUGGAGCUUUCAGCUUGGUUGUGUUUGGCUUCGGUGACGGCGACCUUGGCGAGAAUUGCAAUGAUGCGUACUCCGAGCGAUGCGAUACUGUUUAUCGUGGACGAGCUACGUGUUUUGCAUGUUUGACUUGGUUUGCGUUGUUUUUGGCUUGGGAGCUGGUCGAUAUGCGACGCAGUUUCUUUAGGAUGCAGCCGGGGAGUAAGAAGUACUUUACACAAUGGUGGUAUGAUGUCCGACGCAACAAGUUCCUGUUCUGGGCUAUUUUGAUCGGCUUCGUCACGAUCUUCCCGACGCUGUACAUCCCAGUGAUCAACACUGUGGUCUUCAAGCACGUUGGUAUUACUUGGGAAUGGGGAGUGGUGUUCAUUUCGGCAUUGCUGUUCUUCCUUGGCAUCGAGUUGUGGAAGUUCUGCAAGCGUGUGUACUUCCGAAGGGUGGCGCAGAAGCAGGCUCGUCUGCGAAAUGACACUUUCGAUGAGGACGAGUCUGAUCCAGAGAAGGCCGAGGGUGAUGUCUCUGGCGACGAGAGGGUGAGCAAGCAAUAACGCCAACGGGCGUGACUUACGAAAAAUACAUGUACAGUCAUGGGCAUAGAGCACAAGAGAGCACAUAAUCUGAGCACCUUUUUC